AUGAAAGACGCUGGUGAAACAGAUUUGAACGAGAAUUUGUGCUGUUCCUCAUGCAAAUCGUAUCUGAUUGAUGCUGUCACGCUUACUGAAUGUCUUCACUCAUACUGCCGCGCUUGUCUGCUGAGGGAUAUCGAGAAAAAUGAGUCAUAUAAUUGUACUAAAUGUGGUGUAUCAUGUGGCAAUGAUCUUGGAGAAGCUUUUGUACGUGAUGAUACGCUACAAAAGUUAGUUUACAAAAUGGUACCAGACCUUUACUGGCAAGAGUUGCAUCAACGUGGAGAAUUUCUUAGAAAACGAAUUGUCUCUCCGGAUGAAAAAGCAACAAUUCUUGACAAGAGACUUUUGCAACUUGCUUCCGAACUUUGUGCCCCAGACGAAAUGAUUUCAUUAUGUCUAGAAUAUAUAUCACCAGGAAUACCAGACACUGAUAUUGAUGAGAAUAGCAGCAAAGAAGAAGAAAAUGAAGGAGAGGAAGGUAAAAAAGAGAAAAAUAAAGAAAUAGAAAAUAAAGAAGGAAUUAAUAAAGAAGAAGUAGCUGUUCCCAAAUCGACAGAUGAGAAUAAGCCGUCUACAGUUGCAGAUGCUGAUCGUUUAGAAAAGCAGGAGACAAUAUUGACAUCGUUUAAAAGAUAUUUUCGCUGUCAGGCAGCAACCAAAAUCAGUGCAUUACGGAAAUUACUGGAGGCAAAAUUAGAAGUGCUAGACACUUACAAACUGUGCUUUGUUGAUAGUGACUGCAAUGUAGUGUUAGAUGAUCAGUGCACAUUGCAAGACGUUGUUUACAUGUUUUCAUGGCAACGUCUUGGGCCAAUGAAAAUUCUUUUUACAUUACAACGACCUUUGGAAGAGGAAAAGCCACCAGUUCUUGACAUGGAAUUCAUGCCGGAACUUGUUGCUGAAGAACCCAUCUCGCAAGCAAGUGCUCCAACAAUUGCAAUCGAAACUGCUAUUCAGUUACCAGCAUUGACUGUUUCUCUUAAUACUGCCAUGAUGGAAGGUGGAUCUAAUCAUCAACCUAUUAUUACCACUGAAGUGUACCCAACAUCCAGGAAAAAAAGAAAAUGUAAUGUACCAACGAAGAAGCAAGCAACCCCUCCAGUACCCGUGCAACGCAUGACUGGUGUUUCACCUCUUGCAAAAGGCCCUCCUCCAUUAGUGCGAACGGAGUCUAUAGUUUCCAAGAAAUCAACAAGUAGUAGUCGUAUAGCUAAAGCAACCAAAGCAUUAUCUAAUGAGGAUUCACCUCCACUGAAGAAAGCAAAAUUAAUGUCCUCAUCUUUCGAUAAUAAACUGCAACAAAUUAUUGAUUCCCCAACUCAAUCAACGGAAACUUCCUCUGCAUCUCAAGCAAAGCCAACAACUGCUGAAAAGUCGUCGACAAGUCCUGUUUUGAAAACUGAAUCAUUCGAUUUAAGCGUCAAUAAAUCUGAAAGUAAGGAUGUGUCUUUGCAACCUGAGAAGGCAGCAGAUAGUGAUAUUAUUAAAAAAGAAGUUGGAUCAGUCAAAGUAGAAGGUGAGAGCACUCCGAUCAAAGAAAAAAGUCUUAAUAAAUUGCAUACUAUUUCGAAAAUCACCGAAAAUACCGCAGCAAUUACAACAAUUUCUUCGCCAGUAUGCACAACAACCACUUCAACAACGAUAUGCCAUCCAAGACCAAUACAGCCACGUCCAGUUGAGAUGAAAACCAAUUACGAAGCAUUAGUAAAAAGUUAUGCUUUGAAUGGCAUGACUAGUAAGCUAUCUCAAAUGUGUAUGGAUGGCAAACUUUGUGGGUUCAGUACACCAGCCCAAAUGCAUUCUCCAUUAUUUAUGGAUCCCAAAAUUGCUGCACAACCAAUUAAGCAAAUUCUUUCAGGACGUGGUAUGCCCACAGUGCCUGAUGCAGUAGCAUUUUUAAGAAAUUCUACUCUGGCAAAUUUUAUGCAGCAGCUGCAGAUGCAGUCAUCACCUCCAGUUACUGCGCUUGCAGCUGUCAGCACCACUUCUGUUGUUUCUCAAACCAAUGGAUCUUCAUCUCAUAGUAUGUCAUCAUUGAUUCAAGUCACAAGUGUCGCUGCGACAACUUCAGCUCCCGCAGCUAUCUCUACUAGUGUGGCAUCAAAAAGCUCACAGCAAACCAGAGUGUCUACAGCAGCAACAAAUCCUCUUCCUACGGCGGUUACUAACGCAAGCAGCAGUCCAGACAACAACAACAAGGCGUCUUCGCCACCACCAUCACCUGUGCAACAGCAGAAGAAUGCUUCUCCAGUACCAGUUCCUACAGCUCAUAGCACGCCUUUUAUAAGUCAGAGUUAA